GGUUUCCCGUAAGCACACACCAGUCUCCUUGGUACACAGAGCGACCUCCCCCAUGGCUUCUUCCUCCCAGCUUACUGCCGUCUCCUUCUUCCUGAUCAUCUCCUCCUUACUCCUGUUAUCUUUCUCCAUUAUUAGCUUAGAGGCAGCUGCUGCUGCAUCACCGAAGCCAAAGGCCCUCUUUCUUCCCGUCACAAAAGAUGCCGCCACCCAACAGUACCUGACCACCUUUGAGCACAAAACCCCGCUCACGACCGGCAAGUUCGCCGUCGACGUCGGCGGUGGUUACCUCUGGGUGGACUGCGGCACCGACUACGUCUCUUCCUCCUUCCGCCCCGUCGCGUGCGGUUCGCCCACCUGCAAUGCCGCCGGCGCGUUUGGCUGCACCACUGAAUGCUACGGCACCCGCCGACCCGGCUGCUACAACAACACCUGCGCCGGCAACCCGUCCAACCCCUUCUCAAAUGUUGGCACGUCCGGCGAUCUAGGUGACGACGUUCUCGCUUUGCGGUCCGUCGAUGGCCUGAAAAUGGGCCCCCUAGUCACCGUGCCGCAUUUCACUUUCAUGUGCGGCUCGCAGGUCAUCGUCUCCGGCCUGGCCGCCGGCGCCAGGGGCAUUCUCGGGCUGGGCCGCAGCGGCGUCGACGCGGCGACCCAGUUUGGAAAUGCGUUUGGAAUCACAAAGAAGUUCUCCGUCUGCUUGCCGUCGGGUUCGUCCCAGGGCAACUUGUUCUUCGGAGGCGGAAUCGACUCGUCCUGGUUCGUCGGCUACACCAAGCUCCUCAUCAACCCCGUUAGCACGGCCGGGUCCUUCUUCCAGGGAGAGCGGUCGGUGGAGUACUUCGUGAAGGUGACGGGCGUCAAAGUGGGCGGCAAGGCAAUCCCGGUGAACAGCACGCUGCUCGACAUACACAAGGGAAACGGCGGGACGAAGAUCAGCACGGUGGACAAAUACACGAGGCUGGAGAGCUCGGUGUACAAGGCCGUGGAGGCGGCGUUCGUGAGGGAAGCCGCGGCGAAGGGCAUCAAGAGGGUGGCCGCCGUGAAGCCGUUCGGGGCGUGCUUCAGCACCGCGAACGUGGCGACGCUCUACACGGGAUGGGCGGUGCCGGAGAUCGAGCUGUCGUUUGAGGGGGCGGCCGCCGGGUGGAGGAUGUUCGGCGGCAGCUCCAUGGUGGACUUGAAGAACGGGGUGAUGUGCUUGGGGCUGGUGGACGCAGGGGUGAACCCCAGAACGACCAUCGUCAUCGGUGGCUACCAAUUGGAGAACAACCUGCUGGAGUUCGAUCUGGAGAGUAACAAAAUGGGCUUCAGCUCUUCUCUCUUCUUCAAGAAGACCAUCUGCGCCAGCUUCAAUGUCGCCUCCUGAUCUUGAUCUCUGCGCUUCUUCCGACGGAGAAAGAACGGCAGAUCCCAGUAGUUGGUCCUUAAUCGCUCCAGUUGAUAAAUAAACUUCCAAGCCUGCUUAAACAAGCAAGCUUUCUGUUUAUGUGUUUUGGUUUUUGUUUGUUGUAAUGUUAUCUUAUGAAGUUUACGUUUUGUGAGUAAUGUUCUCAUCGGAUUCGGCACUGCCAUUGAUG